AUGAAGUGUAGCGAACCUCGACAACAACGGAAGCGUUCGAGGGACGCUGAUGCAGAUGUUGAUGUGGUAGAUGUUGAUAUGCCGCAGCCGGAAAAAAAAUCUACUCCCUCCCGUUCACCACGACCUGUUGAACUCCCCUCAAACACAGAGGACGAAGUUUUUGUUGGAGGAAACAACAACAGCAAUAAUAAUAAUAAUAAUAAUAAUAAUAAUAAUAAUAAUAACAAUGAUGAGGUUGGAGGCCCUGCGUUAGGGCAAAGCAGUGGUGGUGUUCAGUACAGCAAUAACAGCGGUAGCGGUAGCCACACGGAUCGUAAACUCAAGCAGUCCACACUUGUCUCCUUUGGUCUCAUUAACGACACGGCGGUCUUUCGAAAGGAGAUUGCGGACAGGGAUGCACAGAUUGACGAAAUGCGUGAUCGGGCAGUAGCAGCAGAGGCGAAAUUAGCGGAGAUGGAAUCUAUUCUCGCCUCCUCUGAGGCUCAGUUGCAGCAUAUGUCCGGACGUGCAGAUCACUACCGUCGCGUACUGCGAGAAGAAAUGAUGUGUGCGGCGAAACAAGCGAGAUGUGAUGCCCGUCGAGCAUUACAUCAAAAACAUUUUGAACUUGGACAGAUUGCCGCCUGGCACAGUAAUGGCCGUGAGGUGUGGGUGGAGGGCAAUACACCAAAGGAACUUAUUACACAAUUGGAUGAGUUGGCAACUCGCCGUGAUGAAGUGGAGGAAUUAAAGAAAGCCGCAGAGAAACGUGUACGGCAAAUUACACGCAGCUGUGAUGAUGACUCCAUGACAGCAGAGACGCAGAAUGCACUCAUGGAGGCACAAGAGGCAUUGCAAUUGUAUACAACAGAGUAUACGGCAUUGGGUAGCAAUAUACAAUCUGUUCGUCAACGUCAAUUGGAUCUUGAUCAUGAGAAGAAGGCAUUUUUAAAAGAAAUUCGCCGCGUGAGUGAUGAGGAUGCAUCGGAAUUUAUGGCUAUUCCUGCCAUUGGACAGGAUGAACGGUAUGUAUUAAUGCAUCUACUUGGUAAAGGUGGUUUCUCUGAAGUGUGGAAGGCAUUUGACUUGCAGGAGGCACGUUAUGUGGCUUGUAAAAUACAUCGAAUGCAGCGUGAUUGGUCUGCACAAACACGACAUCAUUAUCGUCGUCAUGCAGAUCGAGAACUGGCUAUCAUGCGUACAUUACGACACCCACACCUCACACGUCUUUAUGAUGAGUUUGAACAAGGAGAAACAAUGUUUGUCUCUGUGAUGGAGUACAGUCGUGGUACAGAUCUCGAUACACAUCUAAAGCGGUAUGGUUGUAUGCGAGAAAGUGAGGCACGUCUUAUACUUCUGCAGAUUGUAAGUGCUUUGCGUUAUCUUGCCGCACAGCAGCAGCCUAUUAUUCACUAUGACCUUAAACCAGCGAAUAUUCUCUUUCACUCUAGUCACACCAGUAGUAUGGAGAUAAAGAUUACAGACUUUGGUCUUAGUAAACUGCUGCAGCAACGUGAUGGACCAACUGAUAAUCCAACGAUUGAACUCACAUCACAGGGCACUGGCACGUAUUGGUAUUUACCACCAGAGUGUUUUGACACCACCGCUACACCUCGUAUCAGUAACAAAGUAGAUGUUUGGUCCUGCGGUGUGGUGUUUUAUCAAAUGCUCUUUGGUAAACGACCAUUUGCUGAAGGGGAGUCCCAACGGCGUAUUUGGCAGGAUAAACUCAUUGUAUCCUCUGCACGUACGCUGCGGUUUCCCGAUACCCCUCGCGUCUCACAAGAGGCAAAAGAUCUCAUUCAGAAGUGUCUCGAGUAUCACCCCUCUGACCGGUAUGAUGUACAGCAACUCAGUCAAGAUCCAUACCUGCAGCGCACAGCCCGACGAUCUACACGUACAGAGAGACCAUCACUGCUACCACCGCCGUCGCCAUCAAGUGUAAUUGCAGCAGGAGGAGGAGGAUGUGGUGGUGAUAUAAAGUCAGAUCCUCCUGCUUCCGCUAAUCCUAUUGUACCGUAA